AUGGAAAAAGAAGACGAUGCGCACGCGUUGGAAGCAAUGCUAAGCUUUGUAGAAGAAUACGAUAGCGAUGUCUUCAUAUCUACAGAACUUCCUGGCUUAUCGGUCACACCAGACGCGUCAAAUUCGCUUUCCUUUUGUCUUACCAACAAAGCUCAAACAGAAUUGUUGCUACCUGUUGACGUUGAACCGUCAUCGUCAAGUACUUCCCCCAAUGCUAAUGCUAUUGACACUUCGAUCUCGGUCCCAGUAUCUGCUACGCAAUCGGAGCUUCCAAAUCGAGUUUUAACAACUUCUGAGCUUUUAAAACCACAGAAUGUGACUAGAACACAGAAACCACCAGCUCAUCUAAACCGUGCACGUAAUGAACUUCGAUUUGAAUUGGCUUUUCUACGAGAUAAGGUGACACAAUUACAACAACAAUUACAAUCAUUGCAACCGACUUUGCACGAUAAUUUGCAUUAUCAAGGAAAAAAUGCGACUAGUCCAACAACUUCGACUUUGUCAGAUAGCGUUCGAUCUCGUCCGUCAUCUCGAGUGCUCUGUACUUGGAAAGGAGUGGCAGAUCGACAGCGACGACGACGGAAAGAUGCCGAGCGUGAAAAUACGCGGUUGAGACAUAAGGUGGAACACCAACGGAAGGUGGCUAUCGAUUUGACUAAAUUACUUCGGAAAAGAAUGGUGGAAUGUGCUGAUGCUCAUGAUCCUAGUGUCAAAGAGAGCCGUUUUGCUCGGGUAUUAGAUUACCAUGGCAAUUUGGCUGAUUUUCAGGAAUUGUUUCCAAUUUUGGAAGAUGCCUACCAGAAUUUAGAUGCUGUUUUGAAAGAGACCGGUUUGGCAACUAUGGAUAUUCCUACUGAGGAUGUACACAUUCGCGAAGGAGAUGGAGGCAAUUACCUAGAGUUUUUUGCAAACAAAGUUCUGCCGUUUGGACUGCGCGCCACAACUGAAGCUGCGUGGGACCAUUUCAAAGGAUUGGAGAAACAUUGCGGUAAUGGCGAGUUGUACGAAAAAGCAGCUAUGAAUCUCAACCAGCCCUACACAAUCAUCGAGGAUUUUACAAAGGAAGUUUAUUCGAACAACUCUCGUGCAGAUAUGCUGAUGAAGCAGAUAGUGCGCCGCUAUGUUGAGCCGAAUCGGGAUGUCGUGAUUUUUGUUUGUCGAGGAAGUCCAAUUGAGAUCAAACACAAAGUUAUCGCCGGAUCGACGUACCAUCUUCGAAGCUAUGUCGUCACCAAAAAGGCUCCAUCUUCUACUCCAGAUCAUGAGCUGUCACUCCUGCAGUUUUGCUCGCGGAUAUCAAUCGACAAGGACCCUGGCGUGGCGUAUGAUCCGGUACAUAUUCGGGCGCUGACGCGGUUUUUAAUCGGCAAUACUGCAGGGAACAUUCGAUGCUACCAGCAGAGAAUCGAAAACGCUUUGGUCGACCAGACUUUGCGACAACAAGUGCAAUAA